GCAGGCUGGGCUGGGCUGCCCCUCCCACCCUCCCUGGGCCUCCUGCUGUAGCCGGGAUAUCAAAGGCUGCAUUGUGCAUUGAGCAGGCCUUGGUCCCUCGUGUGCCAGGGAGGAGGCGGGAGGAGGGACACCGUUGGGAGGCUGUCCCUUGCAGCACUCUUCUGGCCUGUGUUCCCAAGGGCCUCGGCCAGGGUAGGAUGGUACACACAUGGGUGGCUGCUUCUGCAUCCCCAGGGAGCGGAGUCUGACCCGGGGCCCAGGUAAAGAAACUCCUUCCAAGGAUCCAACUGUAUCGAGUGAGUGUAUAGCCUCAUCUGAAUACAAGGAAAAAUGUUUUCUGCCACAGAACAUUAAUCCAGACCUGACACUCUCCUUCUGUGUAAAGAGCCGCUCCAGGAGGUGUGUAAAUGGACCCCUACAGGAAGCUGCUCGGAGGCGGCUCUGGGCACUGGAGAAUGAGGACCAGGAGGUGCGCAUGCUGUUUAAGGACCUCUCAGCAAGGUUGGUCAGUAUCCAGUCUCAGAGGGCCCAGUUUCUCAUCACCUUCAAGACCAUGGAGGAAAUCUGGAAGUUCUCCACCUACCUUAAUUUAGGCUACGUAUCCAUGUGUCUGGAACAUCUCCUCUUUGACCACAAGUACUGGCUCAACUGCAUAUUGGUGGAGGAUACAGAGAUCCAAGUGUCUGUAGAUGAUAAACACCUGGAAACAAUAUACCUGGGACUCCUGAUACAGGAAGGCCACUUCUUCUGCAGAGCCCUGUGCUCCGUGACUCCGCCAGCCGAGAAGGAAGGGGAAUGCUUGACACUUUGCAAGAAUGAGUUAAUCUCGGUGAAGAUGGCAGAAGCUGGGUCCGAGUUGGAAGGCGUGUCUUUGGUGACAGGUCAGCGGGGCCUGGUACUGGUGUCAGCCUUGGAGCCUCUGCCUCUCCCUUUCCACCAGUGGUUCCUAAAGAAUUAUCCAGGAAGCUGUGGCCUUUCCAGGAAGAGGGAUUGGACAGGCUCCUAUCAGAUUGGCAGAGGACGCUGUAAGGCCUUGAAGGGUUAUGAGCCAGGAGAAAAGGAUGAACUGAGUUUCUACCAGGGAGAAAGCAUUGAGAUCAUUGGCUUUGUCAUACCUGGGCUUCAGUGGUUCAUUGGAAAGUCGAUGAGUUCAGGACAAGUGGGCUUUGUCCCCACCAGGAACAUAGAUCCUGAUUCUUAUUCCCCAAUGAGCAGGAACUCUGCCUUUCUCAGUGAUGAGGAGAGAUGCUCCCUGUUGGCCCUGGGAAGUGAUAAGCAGACGGAGUGUUCCAGCUUCCUCCACACUCUUGCUCGCACUGACAUCACAUCUGUCUACCGGCUCAGUGGGUUUGAAUCCAUCCAGAAUCCUCCAAAUGAUCUGAGUGCAUCCCAGCCUGAAGGCUUCAAGCAGGUCAGGCCUGGCAGAGCCUGGGAGGAGCAUCAGGCCGUGGGGUCCAGACAGUCCAGCAGCUCUGAGGACUCCAGCCUGGAGGAGGAGCUCCUCUCGGCCACCUCAGAUAGCUAUCGCCUGCCGGAGCCUGAUGACCUUGAUGACCCGGAACUGCUCAUGGACCUAAGCACUGGUCAGGAGGAGGAGGCUGAGAACUUCGCCCCCAUAUUGGCUUUUCUGGAUCAUGAGGGUUAUGCUGACCACUUUAGGAGUCUCUAUGACUUCUCCUUCUCUUUCCUCACUUCUUCCUUUUAUAGCUUCUCUGAGGAGGAUGAGUUUGUGGCCUAUCUGGAGGCAUCAAGAAAGUGGGCCAAGAAGAGCCACAUGACCUGGGCCCAUGCCCGGCUCUGCUUCCUCUUGGGCCGGCUGAGCAUCAGGAAGGUCAAACUCUCUCAGGCCAGGGUGUACUUCGAGGAGGCCAUCCACAUUCUCAAUGGAGCAUUUGAGGACCUAUCCUUGGUGGCCACUCUGUACAUCAAUUUGGCUGCCAUCUACCUGAAACAGAGGCUGAGACAUAAAGGCUCCGCCCUGUUGGAAAAGGCAGGUGCCCUGCUGGCCUGCCUGCCUGACCGUGAGUCUAGUGCCAAGCAUGAACUCGACGUGGUGGCCUACGUGCUGCGCCAGGGGAUUGUGGUGGGCAGCAGCCCGCUGGAGGCCAGGGCCUGCUUUCUGGCCAUCCGCUUGCUCCUGAGCCUAGGCCGGCACGAGGAGGUCCUGCCCUUUGCCGAGCGCCUGCAGCUCCUCUCUGGACACCCUCCUGCCUCUGAGGCUGUGGCCAGUGUUUUGAGUUUUCUGUAUGACAAGAAAUAUCUUCCACACCUUGCAGUGGCCUCUGUCCAGCAACAUGGUAUCCAGAGUGCCCAAGGGAUGUCUCUUCCUAUUUGGCAGGUCCACCUUGUCCUCCAGAACACAACCAAGCUCCUUGGCUUUCCUUCCCCAGGCUGGGGUGAAGUUUCUGCCUUGGCCUGCCCAAUGCUCAGACAGGCCCUGGCUGCCUGUGAGGAAUUAGCAGACCGGAGCACCCAGAGGGCCCUGUGUCUCAUCCUUUCCAAAGUGUACCUCGAGCACAGGUCUCCUGAUGGUGCCAUCCACUACCUGAGCCAGGCCUUGGUGCUAGGGCAGCUGCUGGGUGAGCAGGAAUCCUUUGAGUCUUCUCUCUGCCUGGCAUGGGCCUAUCUCUUAGCCAGCCAGGCCAAGAAGGCUUUGGAUGUGCUUGAGCCACUGCUAUGCUCCCUGAAGGAGACAGAGAGUCUCACUCAAAGGGGAGUCGUCUAUAACCUCCUGGGACUUGCACUCCAAGGUGAAGGCCGGGUGAACAGGGCAGCCAAGAGCUAUCUUCGGGCCUUGAACAGAGCCCAGGAGGUGGGAGAUGUGCAUAACCAGGCAGUGGCUAUGGCCAAUCUUGGCCACCUGAGCCUUAAGUCCUGGGCUCAGCAUCCAGCCAGAAACUAUCUCCUGCAGGCUGUACGACUCUAUUGUGAACUUCAGGCCAGUAAGGAGACAGACAUGGAAUUAGUACAGGUGUUUCUCUGGUUGGCCCAAGUUCUAGUGUCUGGACACCAGCUGACCCAUGGCCUUCUUUGUUAUGAAAUGGCAUUGCUGUUUGGCUUAAGGCAUCGACAUCUAAAGAGUCAGCUUCAGGCCACCAAAUCCCUCUGCCAUUUCUACAGCUCUGUGUCCCCAAACCCUGAGGCAUGCAUCACCUACCAUGAGCACUGGCUGGCCCUGGCUCAGCAACUCAGGGACCGGGAGAUGGAAGGGAGGCUGCUGGAGUCCCUGGGGCAGCUUUAUCGGAACCUAAACACCACCAGGUCCCUCAAGAGGUCACUCACAUGCAUCAAGGAGAGCCUGCGUAUCUUCAUUGACCUGGGGGAGACAGACAAGGCUGCUGAGGCCUGGCUUGGGGCGGGGCGACUCCACUACCUCAUGCAGGAAGACGAGCUGGUGGAGCUGUGCCUGCAGGCAGCCAUCCAGACAGCCCUGAAGUCAGAGGAGCCUUUGCUGGCUCUCAAACUUUAUGAAGAAGCAGGUGAUGUGUUCUUCAAUGGGACCCGCCACAGGCAUCAUGCAGUGGAGUACUACCGAGCUGGAGCUGUUCCUUUAGCAAGGAGGUUGAAGGCGGUGAGAACUGAGCUCCGGAUUUUCAACAAGCUGACAGAGCUGCAGAUUAGCCUCGAAGGCUAUGAGAAGGCUUUGGAAUUUGCCACCCUGGCCGCCAGGCUCAGCACAGUCACAGGAGAUCGGAGGCAGGAGCUGGUGGCCUUUCACCGCCUGGCUACAGUGUACUACUCCCUGCACAUGUAUGAGAUGGCUGAGGACUGCUACCUGAAGACCCUGUCCCUCUGUCCACCCUGGCUGCAGAGUCCCAAAGAGGCCCUGUACUAUGUCAAGGUGUAUUAUCGCCUGGGCAGACUCACCUUCUGCCAGCUGAAGGAUGCCCAUGACGCCACUGAGUACUUCCUUCUGGCCCUGGCAGCAGCGGUCCUGCUGGGUGAUGAGGAGCUUCAGGACACCAUUAGGAGCAGGCUGGACAACAUCUGCCAGAGCCCCCUGUGGCACAGCAGGCCCUCCGGGUGCUCCUCAGAGAGGGCGCGGUGGCUGAGUGGUGGUGGCCUGGCCCUCUGAGGAAAGCUGUCCUGUCUCUGGACAUUUGGCAUGGCCAGACUCUGAUCCCACUGCCCUAGGCUCUUAAAUACUCAUUGGGAGGGUCCAAGUCAUUACCUGGCCUAGCCCCCUCAUUUCACAAGAAGAAGAAUGAAGUCCAGGAGGAGAAGGGCUCAUUGCAGGCCACAGAAAUAUUUAAUGGUGCAGCGAUGAGAAUUCCUAGUUCCAGGCUUUGCAUCUGGAGCCUUUACCAGUUGACUGUUGCCUUCCACACAAACAGCCUCUGAAAAGCACUUUCUCCAUACAUAAUUCUGGAGAAGAUGAGGAAUCUUGCCCUCCAGGAGCCUUCCUUCCUCCCCCAGUGAGGAAAUCAGUCACUGCACCGGUGCAAAGGCAAGCAGAUUGGAAUUUGUGCUCUUCACCGAUUUUCUCAGGGAAAGACCCCUUCCCCUUGCCAGCAGAGGAACCUGUAGUUUUUUCCAUUUCUUUCUUCAGAACCAAAGUAUGUAUCACUCCUCAUGCUCACAGGGAUUGACAGGAGAGAAUUCACCAGGAUCUUAGCUCAAAAGACACAGCCUCAGAAUGGCCAGAUGGAUUGCACAAAACCUGACUUGGAUUCACCAUCUUCCUCCUGCCGUAAGGCUGUGCUCCCACAUAACCUCCCAGAAGCUCCAGGGAAGCUUUCCAAGAGCGAAGGCUUGGAAAUUGAAUGUUAAGAAAAUUAUGACAUAAAUUACAUAUAAAUAGUGUAUAUGAUUAAAUGUUGUCCAGUUACAUUUACACACACAUUUUGUCUCAUCCACAAUAGGGGCAGAUGAGAUGGAGGACUUGAAGGAUGGGAGAGAAUACCAAUACAUGUCUUUUUUUUUUUUUUUUUUUUUUUGAGACAAUGUCUUCUCUGUUGCCCAGGCUGGAGUUCAGUGGUACAGUCAGGGCUUCCUGCAACCUCAGACUCUGGGGCUCAAGUGAUCCUCCAGUGUCAACCUCCUGAGUAGCUGGAACUACAGGCAUGUGCCAUACCCAACUACAAGGCAUCUUAUUGAUUUCAGGGCAGCUGCUUUACAAAGCAUCUCUAUUAAUAACAUCACUGCAUAGCACACUGAGUGGCCUAAAACACUUAUAAUCUCAUGGUUUCUGAAGGGCAGGAAUCCAAGCAUGACUUAGCUGAGCCCACCGGCUUAGGGUGGUUCACAGGCUGCAAUCAGCUGGGGCUGCAGUUAUCUCAACUUCAACUAGAGAAGGAUGGGCUUCCAAGCUCACCCACACAGUUGUUGUUAGGAGUCAGUUUUUUGCUAGCUGUUGGCCAGAGGCUUCCUGCAGCCACUUGCCACGUGGGCCUCUCCACAGGGCAGUCACAACAUGGCACUAUGCUUCACUAGAGGGAGCAAACAAGAGGAGCAAGAACCAGAGUGAGCAGAAGAAAAGGGAGUGACUCUUUCUAUAACCUGAUCACAGAAGUGACAUCUCCUUAGUCUUGCCUAUUCAAUUCAUAAUAAGUGAGUCACUAGGUCUAGCUCCCACAAGAGGCGGGUGUUUACCAACAGCUUGAAUACCAGAUGGUGAGGAAUCAUUGGGGAUCAUUUCAGAAGUGACCUACCACAGUAUCUGAGUUCUUUGAUAAUGAAAUCGGGAAUUCUCUAAUUUCAGCAAACUGAAAAUAUGGUCCACUAACCAGCAGCAUCAGCAUCACCUGUGAGAUUGUUUGAAAUGAAAAUCUGUGGCCCCACCUAUGAUCUCUGAAUCAGAAUCUCUGGAUCCCAGAACGCUGACUCGUCCAAGCUUUCCUGGUGAUUUUAAUGCACCCUAAAGUAUGGGAAGCACCACGGCAGGGCAAGAGCCCUCAGAUAGUGUGCAUAACUAUUACCUGGUGAGGUUGUGGAACAUGAACUUCUUGGUUUCUAUCUCUAAUAAUUCUGAUUCAGUAGAUCUGGGAUGUAUCCCAGGAACAUGCAUUUUUAGAAAGCAACUCAAGCAAGCCUGAUGCAGGUGGUUCACCCUUGCUCCUUCUGUGAACCACAAGGAUACCAGCCAUAAUUCCAUGCAUCUGAUGCCCAUCAGCUUAGCUUUUAUUAUCAGACCAUCUGCCCUUAAUUUCUAGCUUCUUGGGCUGACCAGAUGAUUGGUUGUAUGAAAGGGUGAGAUGGGAGUGGUGAGUUGAGCCGCCAUUGCAUCUUCUAGUCAUCAAGGUUGUCUACUAAUUGGCACAUAUUUUCUCUUAGAGAUGCGGUUGGUUGUCAAAAGGCUGUCUACUCUAGAGAGUAUUCUCCAGGAAGGAAAAGCUUCCAAUUGUCUAAUUAGCAAAGUUAUCUAAUCUACUACCAUGCAGAAUAGAUGUGGUUUUGCCCCCACCACAAGCUGUAAAAGCCCCAAGCUGGGAGGGACGUUGCGGUUGAGGCUAUUCAGUCUAAUCUCCUGUGCAUAGUCCUUUCAACAACAUUCCUGGGAGACAGUCAGGGGCACACACAUUCCAGAACAGUUACAUAUCGUGUAUUUGAAGAAGGCUCACACAGCCCUGGAAACCAUGCCACUGGCCAUUCCCCAUCUGACUCAGGUUACAGAUCCCCUCCCUUUUCCCACUGACCACUCACUGUCCUCUGGCCAGAUUUGUUUCUGUUUCUCUGAAAGAGCAAUUCCCAUAACUGCAUGAGGCUUUUGAUAUUGGCCGGUGGGUGAAGAGUACAGAGGGAUGUUACUGUACUUAAUUUGAUUCUUCCUCUCCCCAGCAGCCACAUCUGUCCUUGGCUUCCAUUGAGCUUUAUAAUCAAUUGAAACUUCUGUGUCUUCUGACUUGAACUUCUGUUUGGACAGCUCUUUCUCAAUUGCUGCAAAUAUGCAUAUGCAUUUGCAUAUGCAUACACAUACACACACAUACGUGAAGAGCGUUGUUUCUAUCCAUGUUACAUCUCAUUGGAAAUUUUAGCUAAAAUUUCCCAAUUCUGUGCACUUUGAUUUACCUCUAAAUCUGAUGAAUUUACCCAUAACCAGGUCGGUUAUAAAAAUGUUUAGCGUGUUUCCAAAGACAAGGGUAAGACUAUUUUUUUAAAAUAAGAAAAACAUUGUGCUAUAUAAUUGCAAUUACUACAUUCUAUAUGUAAAUCGCUUGCUAAAACUCUUUUAAAAAGUGUUUAAAAAUUUCAUUUUUGAAAUGUGGGCCAACUAUUCCCUUUGGAAACAUGUUGAUGCUGUCUUUUUUUCAUGAUCCACAGGGAGUAAAGUAGUGAUUGGAUCUGGUCUCUCCUUAAACAUUAAAAAAAAUAAGUGUAUCAUAGCCAAACAUGAUCUAGUUACCCUCUUUAUUCUAAUUGUUCCCUCAAAUCUUAUAUGGGCUGUGUGACUGCUGGCUCCUUACAUCUAAUCUAAAUAAAGAACAAGGAGGGCAUUGCAACAUUGUGGAAAACCCUGUAACAUGUUUUCUCAGCUUUCAGGUAUACUAGUUCCCUGUCCAACAGUAUUAACAUUCUGAAAUCCAAUAUUGCUUUUGUCCUUUUCUUAUUUGCUUUUCCAUUAUUUUAAGAUGCCUUUAUAUUGUGCAUGUGUAUAUAUAUGUAUGUGUGUGUGAGUGCUCAUUUUCUUCCUCUUUGUAAAUAUAAUGCACCUCAUUUGGCAGAAGUUUAUUUGGGGAAGGGAAUAUGCAGGAAUGGAGGGUGUUAGGAUGAGGGAUCAGGAAGCCUAUCACUAAAGGGAACCUGUAUUUUGGUCUUGAUUUUGAUAUUAAAUUGCAGUGCGACCUUGGGCAAGUCACUUAACCUCUACACAUCUCAGAUAUUUGUCCUCUGAUAAAAGAACCUCACCUCUGGGUUUUUCAGCAGUGCUAUUUUUAUACUGUAUGAACAGGAUGAGAAAUAGUAUUGGAGAGGUGAAAUAAUAUAUUUUUAUAGCCCAAUUAUAUUAUCUUCUUUUUACAGGUGAGUAAACUGAGGAACAGAAGGGUAACUUUCUCCCAGACACAUUGGUAGUUAGUGGCAAAGACAGUGGUACUUGAGGCGGGGGUCUCAUGACUCAAGGACUUAGUUGCACAAAUGACAGGAUUUCUGCUGUUCAGGGCUUCCUUCACAGUUGUGUGUGUAUAUGUACACGUGUGUGUAUGUAUGCAUGCAUUUAUCACGAUAUGCACCAAAGAGCCGUUACAAAACAUUUUCUAAAUUGAUUUACUUCUUUUACUCAUAUUAACUUAUUUUUAUAAGGGAUGACUAGUCUAUAUAGAAGAAAAACUUGUAUUGUUUUCCAUAAACAGAAUUAUGUAAAUAAUGGCAAAUACAAUGAAAAUAAAAUAAUGCAUUAACUUCAAGCUAGGUCCUGUUGCUCAUUGCAAGCACCCAGCCUAGGCCUUAUCUGGCAUUGUUUGAAAACAGAGAGAUUAAUAAGUGGCAGAGAGUGUAGAUGACAGACUAGCAACAACCACUUUUUCCUUGCACACUCAGAGAAAUGGAGUAAGCAGGGAAGAGGGCUGAGCUCCUGAUGAGGGUCAGUGUCAUUCAAUGCCAGGUUUGGGCACACAUUUCGGGGAAGUGGGGAUUCAGCUGGGUGACAGGAAAGGGGCAAAUGAUGUAUUAUGUAAUAUGAUUCAGUAUCAGAAGCAUUGUGAUUGGUGUUAGUUACAGGAUGUUACAGGCCCUGAGGGGAAGGGAUUUUACCCAGACAGGGUUACGGGCAUCAGGAAGGGCUUUCUGGAGGACGUGAUAUCCAAACUGAGUUCUGAAAGGGACACUUACUUAAUUCUAACUGCAGACCAGCAGGUUGGUAUUGACAGACAGUGCAUGUGUCAAGCAAAGGUCCAGAGGGUGGACAGGGGGUGAUGUUUUCUGAGAACAGGUCACUCUGAGUGCAGUGAGGCUGGAGCAGAUUCAGGGAAGCAAAGAGGGUUUGGAUUCUACCUGGAGGUUGAGGGGAAGGUAUAGAAGGAUUAUAAGCAGUUGAAAGAAACAUGGUCAGAUUUGUGCUUUGGAAAGAUGAUUCUAGAAGCAGCAUGAGACUAGAUUAGGGCAGGGAGAAGGUAGAAAACACAUUAGGACUUGGCUAUAACAACAAAACACUCCAGCCUUGAUUCAGAUAUCAACAGUUUUCCCCACUAAUGUUCUUCUGAUCCCACAUUGGAUUUAGUUGCCAUAUUUCCCUAUGUAUCUCUGGUCUAUGACGGUUUCUGCCUUUCCUUGUUUUUCAUGACCUUGUCAGUUUUGGUCUCUUCCUCUUUUAAUUGCUCCCAUUGAGAUGUGUGGACAAGCGGCAAAGAAGGAAGAAAUUCAAGGGAAUGGGCUCUGCACUCACUCAGGUGGCAGCUCAGGUGGGGGCAAUGUAAUGUGUUUUGGAGUUGGGCAUACUUGGGUUAGAAUCUGUUUCUUACUAGCUGUAUGACCUUCUGCAAAUUAAUUAACUUCCCUGAGCCCAGGGCUGUCAGUUUUAUAUCAGACUUAUUUAUGUCAUAGACAAGGAAAUGGCUAAAAAGGAAAUCCAUCUUUGGAGGCAUGUAAGCCUUGACAUUGAGAAGUGCAGCCAAACCUAGAGGUGUGGCCAGGCACCCUGGUCCUGCAUUCAGGGACACUUGGGUCUGAAGCUCUUUCUCCUUUUCAUCACUGAGUGACCUGAGCAACUUACUUUACCUCUUUAAGCUUCAAUUAUUCCUCUGCUCAGACUUUUAAUUGAGACGAGAUGUAUGGAUGGCUUGGUAUGAAUAUCAAUUGGUGGUAGCUGUCACAAUGAAGCAGAACUGAGUAGAUUCUUAAUAAGCACAUCUAUUCCUGGGUCCCACGCCGUUAAGUGGGAGGGUGUGUAUGUUAGGGGUGCUCUUUGCUACUGGGUCUCUCACUUGGCGGUCUUCCCUCUUCGGUGGGACAGCAUAUAUUUCCUGAUAUGUACCCCCUCACUCUCCCAACUCUGUCUGAUUAUUCCAGAACUCAGGGGACUUGAGGAUGGAGGCUGCUGGAAGUGCUGGCUCUGGGAAUGUGCACUUCGUUCACCCUCCUCUAAGGGGUGUCUUCUCCCCAGAGAAGCAGAGACAAGUGACUGCUUAGGGGGUGGGGAUUCUCCCCAGCUGCCAUGGUGCAGGAUCAAGAAUAACAUGCGUGGCCAGGACUGCACAGUGGGGCUGCUUGGCUUGGCUUCCCAGUACAGACUGCGAGGCAGGUGAGAGGGAAGGAUGCUGUGCUUUCAAAACGAUUUCAAAGGUGAGAACCCAGCUGCCACUUCUAGUGCUGCCUUUGACUCCUUAUCCAGGGCAUCACACUAGCUUGAGGGAUGAGGCUCUUUGAGAUGAACUUCCAGACAGGGUAGGUGAGAGGAUGGUUGAAGUCACAUGGCUAAUGAGAAGACAGGCUAAUCCAUUGCUGUCCUUUUCUGUGAGAAAUCCAAGAGUUCCAGUAGGGGGCAGUGAUGUCUUCCUAAAUAGUGUAUCAUUGGUAAAGAAAGUAUUUAAUAUUAAUAGUUCUGAAUCAGACUAGGGUAGUGGCUUUCAAAUCCUUUUUUGUUGUUAUGUUGUUGUUGUUGUGGCCCACAGUAAGAAAUGCAUUUUAUAUUGUAUCCUCGUGUGCAUAUGUUUGUGCAUAUGCAACAACAUAGAGAAAUGCACUUAUACAUUCUGUUUUGUUCUAUUCAUUUUUAAAAACAUUCUAUUCUAGUUAAAAAAUAUCAAAUUUAUGACUCACCAAAUGAAUUUCUCACUCAUUAACCUGUAGUUUGAAAAGUGCUGACCUGGAGGGUGGUCUCUAAAAAAGUGCAGGAGGGCUCCAGCCUUUGUUCUUUUCUAUGUAUUAUUUGAUGGAUAUCUUACUUCUUUUUGAGACCAGAGAGUGUGUACAUCUCAAAAUAAAAAUAACAGUUGAGGUUAAUGUGUUUUAUGCAUUAAGUCUCAUGCAAAACCUUUGUGAUGACUCUCAUGUAAUCACACAACAUUUUGGUGUAGUUACUAUUAUUUUUAUCUCCACUGAGGUUUAGAGAAUUGAUGUGGCUUGUCUAAGUCCACAGUUAGUGGUGAUCGAGGUGAAAUUUGAAGUCAUGUCCUCUGAUGCUGGAGCUAGGAAAUGAAACCAUUAUAUUAUAUUGCGUUUCUGUCAGGUGACACAUCUCUGAGAGAAAUGCUACCACUAAUAUGAUCAUGAAUAGAAGCAUUAGAUUAAAACUUGUUUCAUCAGCCUGAAAUACUGCGCUGAAAUCAACACAAUCAUUCUAGUAUAAUUGAAUCAAUCAAAAUUGGUUACUUUAGAACAGGAUUGGAGAGAACUGACUUUCCAGGAGGUCUUGAAAAAGAAAUACUGGUGUUAUUGUUGACCACAGUCAGGUAACUCAGCCUAGAAAAAAAGAGAGACUGUAUUUCCCAAAGGGAAAAUAGAAGGAGGAACAGAAAGCUUUGACCUAUAGUAGUGAUUGGUCAAAACAAAUUAUAAGAUCAGUAAGUUAUGUUUUGAAGAAGAUUCCAGGCUGGGAGUGAGGUGAAUGAGGGAAACUUGCAAGAGACUCCAGAGCCAAUCAUAGAAGACUAUGGACAUCUGAGGAAGGGAAGCAGCCAGGUGGAGUUUCGUGGGUCUCACGCAUCAUAGUACCCGUAGCUCCAAUGGUGGUAGCAGAAGGAAGAUCAUGAACAUGAGAGAAUAGCCUACUUUUGACAUCAUGGAAAAAGCUAUUAGGAACAUCCUUCUAAUCCAAAUAUGUGUUGCAAAACAAAUAGCCUGGGAAGAGCCCAUGUUCAUGUACAGAUGCUUUGUUUCUUAUGCAUAAAUGUUGGUAGUAGCACUUUUUUUACUCACUUAGUAUUCAGGAAUGCUUAAUUAUCUACUUCCCUAACCUUCCAUUUUACUGUAUUUUUAUUUAGGGUCACACAUUUUACUGUUAUCUAUGAAAAGGAUUUUGAAAAUAGAUACCUUGCUUCUGUCUUUUAUUUUAACCUUCCAAAUCUAGCGGACCAUAGUUAAACAUGAUCUGUAUGACUCUCAACUACUUGAUCUUCCUUGCACGGGCCAAAUAUGUGUGAAGCUGACUUUUUUUGUUAUUGAACUUUCUUGCACAUAGAGAACUUCUGAUGUUUGUUCAUCUGGGGGUAUAUCUGACAUCUACUUCAUAGAGACAUUCAUAGGAAUGCCUCUGAAUUCUUUGAACAUUGUACCAGACAGCAGGCAGUGACAAUGGCUACAUCUGCUUUCCUCCUCAGGGGAGCUGCCACGGGCUAGGCUGAAAUAACAGCUGCAUGGUAAUCCUGGUGACCAAAAAGCUACUUAUUCAUAAAACAAAACAAAACUAACUUUUGUCUGUUCUAGAACAUGUAGCUUUGGGGCUGUAGUGGGUGGAGGGAAAGGAUAGCAAACAGAAAGAUUACUUGGAGGAUUUUCAUUUCCGGUUGUUAUACAGUCCUAAGAGCUUAUAUAAACUGAUAUUCUGAUCCUCUUCCAAGUCCUGUGGCAUUCUUUUCUUUCUUUCCAAGUUGUAUAAAGUCCAUCUGUCUGUUUCUCUCUCUCUCUUUCUCUCUUAUUUAGGCAGGGCCUCACUCUGUUGCCCAGGCUGGAGUGCAGUGGGGUGGCCAUGGUUCACUGCUACCUCGACCUUCUAGACUCAGGUGCUUGGGUGAUCCUCCCACUUCAGCCUCCCGAGUAGCUGGGACUACAGGCAUGUACAACCACUCCCAGCUAAUUUUUUUUUUUGGUAGUUUUUGUAGAGAUGGGUUUCCACCAUGUUGCCCAUGCUAGUCUCAAACUCCUGGGCUCAAAUCAUCCACCCACCUCAGCCUUCCAAAGUGCUGGGGUAACAGGUGUGAGCCAUGGCACCCGGCUAGUUUGUCUUUUUCUUUUUCCUCAUGUCCUUAGCAUCUCCCUUUUGCUUGUGCUCAUUUGUCCCUGUACUUUUCCUUCAAAGCACUUAUCAUAGUUUAAAAGUGUACUUUAUGUGAGUUUUUUUUUUAAAUAAUCCAUGUGCACCACCUAGAUUAGAAGUUCCAUGAAAACAGGAAUGUUAUUUGGGUCACUCAGCUCUGUAUUUCCGGAGCCCAGCCCAGUGUCUGAUGCGUGGCAGGCUCUCAAUAAAGAUUUGUUGAAUGGGUGAAUAAAAAAAUAAAGGAAUGAAAUGUUGGACUUGGGUUUUGACCUUUAGGGAGAAAGUUUUAAAACGAUAAUAUAACUACUUAUUGCUCAUGAGUGAUUGAGAAAUCAGGUGAUAGGGCUGCUCACAUAUAUAGCAGGUAUUCAGCAAAAGUUUAUUGAGAAUAAUAAGCAUAAUUUUUGUUUGUUUAGAAUAAGUUGCUAUAGAUGUGGUAGGUCUUUUCUUAAUUUUCAAACAAAUAGUAGUUUGACCAGGGAUAAUCAUGGUCUUUUACUGAAGCUAUAAUGGUCGUUGUGCUAAGUAAUUUACCCACAGUAUAGGAUUUGAUCCUCCAAAUGAUCCUCCAAAGAAGGUGACCUUAUCUCCCCUUUUCAGGUGAUAGAAUCAAGGUUUAAAGUAUUUCAGAUGUUUGCAGAGAUUCAAAAUCACUUUUGUCUGAGCUGGAAAAUCAGUGCUUUAUAUAAUUAUGUAAUUCUGAUACACGUUUUCUCUUUCAGAACUUAGGAUCUUCAAGAUAAAUAUUUCUCUUUUGAACAUUUGAAUGUUUCCCUUUGUCUUAAGGAGGAGGGAUGAUAGAAAAUCUAGGGAGCAGGGACCUUGGCUUAUAUAAGCCUUAUUGCACCAAAUACCACAGGAAAUCCCUUCAGUGAUGAAUGUUCUGUGGAAUAAAGAUCCAGGGGAUAGGCAGUACCUUUAAGGUAUUUUGAGGCCUGAGUGGUCCAGAGUAUUGUUUCAUAAUCCCAAGUCUCUUUCCUUGGGAAAUCAUAAGUUCAUGGUAUUGUGGGAUGUGGAUAAAAACCUCAUCCUUGCCUUUGAGUAUCUGUCAGUCUGUUUGGGGGAGAUUGGAUGCAUAUAUGCAAAGCACUAGGAAGAAAAGUCUGAGUUUAGCUCCUUUGGGACAGAGGUGGCAGACGGUUAUCCAUCUAUUCAUCCAUCCAUCCAUCCAUCCAUCCAUCCAUCCAUCCAUCCAUUCAUCCAUCCAUCCAUCCUUCCAUCCAUCCAUUCAUUUAUCCAACCAGCCAAUUAACCAACCAAGCAACCAAGCAACCAACCAACCAACCAACCAACCAACCAACCAACCAACCAACCAACCAUCUAACCACCCAGCCACCCACAUACCCAACCAAUGAAUCAACCAACUGACCAAUAUUCAACACCUCUCAUGUGCUAAACUCACAAUCCAGUGAGCAAGAUAAUGACAGUCCCUGUCUUCAUAAGUCCUAUGGGCUCCAGGGCAAGUCAGAGUCCUCUGAUAAACUUACCUAUUAUUCUUACCAUCAUAGCUUAGAUUUGAGCACUUUUACCUCAAACACUGUACUAAAGGUUAUACUCUUAUUAUAUCAUUGACUUCUCUUAAUUUCUCCUACCUGCAAGAAGUAAUUGCAUUGUAUAGUUAUUCACAUAACACAUGUGAAGAAAUGAGUUCAAAGAGGUUAAGAGAUUAAUUCUUACCCAAAGUCCUGUAGAUAGAGAGUGGCAGCUUCAGGACACCAGUCCAAGCCUUAUCUAUAUUGCAAGUAUUGCAUAAAACCUCAGCUGAAAUUUUGAUAAAUUUUAUGGAACUUAAGCUAGAUAGAUCUUGUUCACCUGAACAUCCUGUCUGGGAUGCAUGGUAGUAGACUGAAUAGCUCCACUGCUUAUGAAAUGUGUGACCUCAGGCAAGUUGUUAAGCUCUUGGUACUUCAUGUUCUUCACUGGCAAAUGGAGAUGAUAAUAGUACUUGUCUCAUGGGAUUGUUGUGUGGAUCAAAUGUGUGAAUAUAUGUAAAGUGCCUGGCCCAUGUUAUAUAAGUGUUGGCUAUUAUUGUUAUUGUGUUGACAGACGUUUCAGAAUAGUACUUGUUUGGGCGAAGAAGUUAAUGAACACUUCUUUGUUGAACCUGUAGGGUUAAGGCAUGCUUAGAGGAAUGUAAUCUGGGCUAGAUGCUUGGCUAUUCAAGUGAGCAUGUGACAGUGAUGGUCUCAGUCUGCCUCCCUUGUCAGAGCAUCAUCUGUAAAUGAUUGCCUCCAUCACUUACCAAGCACAGUCACAGGAAGUUGUGACCUCCCUUUAUUGGAACUGUCAUUUUGAACCUAUGUUUAGUCUGGCAGACAUUUUGACCUCCGUGAUAUAUUGCUGAGGGUGUUUUGACUCCAUGCUUAUAAGUACAACAUUAAAAACACCAAUAAUAGCUGAAUUUUUAUCAAGAAAGUAUUUUCUUAAUUAAUGCUUACUCAAUCAUUUUUACUCCAAGAUAAAUGUUCAAUACAGAGCAGUUAAACAAUUUCUACCUUUUUCCAUCUUCUAUUUUAUCAAAAUCAUUUUAUGGAGAUGAAUUCUUUUGCAUUUGGAAUUUUACAAUGAUGGCUUAUAAUUUAUUGACAAUAAUUUAUUUGGGUCAAAUUUUAGCUUCUGCCACUGAAUUUUCCAUUGUAGUUUUAUUUCUACUAAGUCAAAUUUUCCUGGUUUAAAUUUGAUUGAUUUGAAUUUUAUUGGGAUAAUUUGAUUCCCCUGUGAAUGUUUGCUCAUUAACACAUUCUUUGUGUAGGUUAGCUGUUGUCAGUUUUAUUUUGAACUGAUUAUUUCAGUCAAAACGGUGAGGGACAAAUGCCUAAUCACCUUAAGCGUCUAUGGAAGCCAGGAGUGAGGCCAGGUAAAGGCAGCCCAGACCAGAUCUAAAUGAAACGCUGUGGGCUAAGUUUUCAUUCACAGAAGAUGGGCAGAGUGGCAGAUCAGGGGUAACUAUCAAUGAUACAAACUUCAAAGAAAUGAUGAGAUACAGAGGACCAAAGUUAAAGUCAAUGAUAUAUGUGAAGCAUGAUGAUUUUCCAAGCCAUACCCAAACCCUAUGAGCUGUGCAUGUUAUACCCAGCAGUUUAAUCCUGGAAGACUCUUGGUGCAUGUUGCAGGGAUGAGUUAGCUCAGUGUGAUGUAGUUAAAGAGCAGUGAGAUUGGGGUCAGGUGAUCUGGGGUCUGAACCUAGUUCUGUCACUCCUUGUGUAUACUGGGACAAGUCCAUCUCCCACCUGAGGUCUCAGUUUUACCAACUGUCAAAAGAUUGCUCUAAAAGUUCAUAGACCCCUUCGAAAAUCUGAAAAAAAAAAACCAAUGAAAUCUCUUCUUGGAAUUAUGUAUACACACCCAUACACAUACUUUCAAAGGGCUCAUGGACCCUUUAAUGCACGCCCAAGGAUGAUGAGUUAAAAACCUCAGUCUCUGUAAUCUGUCAGGACCUGUCCAGGGUUGACAUGCUAGGGCUUAGGUAGGUGUUACAUAUGUAUCCUCCAGGUGAUGCCUGAGAACUGACACACACACUGCUUAUGGAUAAAAAUGGAGACAUCCAGAAAAGCAGGAUCUGGAACCCUUUGUAUGCCUUGUUGGUUUCUUAGUGUUUUCAUUAAUAUUAUGAAUGGUUAAGAGCAUAAAUCUUGGGAUUAUGCUACCUGGGUAAAAAUCCCCACUGUGUGCAUGACCUUGGGCAAGGCACUUAACCAUUCUGGGCCUCCAUUUCUGCAUCUGUAAUAUGGAAGUAUUAAUGAUAACAACUUCAUAGGGCUGUUGGAUGAAACAGCUAAAUGUUCAAUUGUUACCUCUUAUUACCUAGUGAUUGAAUUCAUGUUCUGAUAAUUUUAUGUCAUACAAAGUGGCAGCUGGUGGGCUUUGGAGACCCUCUAGCUCAGCUCUGUUGUUAUUAUAUGAAAGGUGAACCAGAAAAGGGAAAGCCUUACCCAUGGUCACCCAACACAUGUUAGGGUUGCUCUCUGACACUCCCCUUAGACACCAGGAAAGUUGAGCCACCAUGACAUCAUCAGCAUACCAGCUUCCAGUGCAAGAGGAGGCUCACCUCCAUGGAUAAAGUCCCAUGUGAUGAUCUGCCAUAUUUGUAGAGUUCUCUGACACCAGCUGUUUUUGUUGUGAGUAUAGAGUGAUUCAGGGCAGGUUGGACACCAGUGAGUAUAAUUUCUACAAAAGCAGUUUGCAAGAGCCUCUCAUUCUACCUGGAAAUUAGUCACACUGAUUCUAAUUACAAGGCUUUUGUGACCCCAGCUGACUGGCCACCCCUCCCAGAGCAAGCAUUUCAACCACCCAGCUGCAAUGUCUGGAGACUACUUGAUGUUACUACCACUAAAAGAACUGGAGCUCCUGGGGGAAACCCUUCAGAUAUAACCACUGUAUUAUCUGACAGAAAGCAAAAGCUAAGGUGGAAGCCCACCCAAGAAACUUCUAAAGACUCUUGGGUCCUGGGAAAUACAGGAUGAGCCCAUAUGGCUAAAGUUAGCUUUGUUGUUGAGGGAACUGUGGACUUAAUUGCUGGCGGGAUGGUUUGUGUUGCUACUCCCCACAAAGAAAUUGACCCUCUUCUUCAGAGCACAGCAAGGGGUACACAUUACCCUACUGAAAGCACCUUCUUUGCCCUGCUGGUUUCAGCUGCAGGAAGUACAUUCUUGCAGUAUAUUCACUCUCACAUCCAAUGUGGUAUAUGGGUAAAAGCUUUUGUAUAGAGAAGAAAAAGUCCUCUACAUAUGUUAAUUUCUACCCCAUGUGUAGUUAUUGGUCUUUUGCUGUGAAUGUUCCUGGUGUUUUAAAGGGUCAUAUUAAACGUUUUGGGGCUUCUGAGGGAUUGGGGUUUUGAAAGUCCCCUGGAAAGUGUCAACAGAUGUUCAACAAGUGAUCUAAUUCUGGGUUUUGGGAAAUGAAGUUUGUGAACUUGGCUGGGACCUCAGGGCUUGGAGUCAGAUAGCUUUGGGACCUUGGAGACAUGACUUAACCUCUCUGGGUCUCAGUUUUCUCACCUGUCAAAUGGGUUAUCCUAGAACUUGCCUUAUAGAAUUGCUGUGAAAAUUAAAAGAGAUAAUGUACUUAGAAUACUUAACUCAGGGCCUUGCUUAUUGCAAAUAUUUAAUAUAUAAUUGCUAUUAUAUUUUGUAUCCUGUGUACUCUAUAAUAAAUAACACAGCUAAUGUUUACUGAGCAUUUAUGGUGUAUAAAGCAUUGGAUUAAAUUGUUUGAAUGCAUGAUUUCAUUUUCUGUGUUCACAACAACCUCAAGGGUGGUAUUAUUAACAUGCCCAUUUUAUAGGUGAGGAAACAAGGUCUUGGAGAAGUUCAUUAACUUGUUUGAGGUCCAAUAGCUUGUGAGUAGCAGGGGCAGAAUUUGCAUUCAAUUGAUCUGGUCCAAGGGCCCAUGCUGUUCACCACCAAGCUGCUCUGAUCUCCUUUUGCUCCUGACUUGGCUUCAUCAGCAUGGUUGUCUUUAGGUUAACCUGGUCUUCCCCUCAAAUCCUCUCCUGUGAACCACUUGGCAGCACAACAUUUUGUGGGUAUGUGUGUUUGUUGACAAAUGCCAGCUUGCUUAUGAUGGGAGGUGUGAACAUUUACAGCAAACUAAGGAAACUAAGGCUCAGAAAGGCAUAUAUCUGUACUUCUAAAGAGGAACAGUUUGUCAUCUUACUAUGAAUAUAUUUUAAAUGACCAAUGUCCUAGUAGGAGAAAGGAACUGCAAGUGCAAGCAGAGACAGGAAUAAAUCAGAGAAAGAACAAAACAGAGUAGCCUAGCGCACCCAGAGCAUACCAUCAUGAAACCUACUUUGGGGCUAUCUCAGUUUCCCCAGGAUGGUUCACCUAUGAGAGAAAGCAGGGAAAACUGGCUUAAGGGAGAUAUAUUUUGAGUGAGAGGAGAGGUUGCUUGGAAAUGACUCCUAGAAAAGAAGCAGCCCCCACCCCAUCAAACACACACACAUACACACAAACAUGCACACACAUGUGUAUCCCCACACCCCAAGAACUCAUUCUUUUCUGUUAUGUAUCUCAUUUUUCCCCAGUGCAGAUGGAUUGAUUCAUAGGGACAUUUCCCAAAUGUCCUGGUUGCUGUAGAGUUCUUCUCUCUCAGUUCAUUCCAGCUGCUUCUGAGUACCAGAUUGUUGAAGCUCUUGGGUCCCUGUGACUCACUCUAUCCUGGGUCACUCUCCAGAUCCCCUUGAAUGAGUGGUUCCAGUAUUCAUGUUCUGGAAGAAUGGCAUAAGAUUUUAUCAGACUGUUUUAUUAUCAAUGCAAACUGGACAAUACAGAAUUGUACCAACAUCUGCAGCAAUAUACAUAGGUGGUCUGAAAAUGUCAACAUUUUGCAAUCCCCAAAACUCACAUGUAAGUCCUUCCUUCAGAGUGAUUUUCCAAGGUACACAGUUCUGCUGACCAAGGUAUAGCUCCUGCCAAAGGAUUCAACAACUACAAUGUGAUUUCUGGAUGUGAAUGAAUUCAGAUAUUCCUCAGCCAUAUUUAUGCUGGUUAAGGUAGACCUAGGUUCAAAUCUUGUCUCAAAGUGCUUAGUAUCUGUGUAGCAUUAACAAAUCACUUUAUCUUUCUGAGCUAUGGCUCUUUCAACUGUAAAAUGAGGAUAAUAAAUACCUAUAUAGCAAAGUUGUUGUAAAAUUAAUGAAUUAAUAUGUCUAAAGCAGUUAGCAUGGUGGCUGGAAUGUAAUAGGUCAUUAAUAGAUUAUGGCUAUUUUUAAAACCCAUGACUUGAGCCUGUAAUCUUGGAAAAAAGACUCAAAAAGGGAAUUCAAUGACUCCAAAAGGAACUCAAGGAAAUACAAAGAAAAUACGUUAAAAAACAAUGACAAUAGCAAAUUCUUCCACAAUCCAAGACAUUGUUUUGUGUGUGUUGUGUGUGUUAUAUGAGUGUGUGGUUGGUGGUUGUUUUUUUAUUUCCUUGAUGUUUGGGCUCAGUAGGGCACAACUAGACCAGAUAAGGGAAACAUUUUGAGUGAGAGAGAAGGUUGCUUGGAAAUGACAUCUCAAAUCCAAAGAAGAAAGCAAAGCGAUAACCCUUGAAAUAAAGUUAUGGGGAUCAUGUUUUUGAACCAUGAGAUGGAACAAGUGACAUAACAAACCACCCCAAAAGUUUCUGAUUUAAAACAGCUUAUCAUCAUCUGUUGGUCUGAUGGAUCGACUGGGCUCACCCGGGCAAUUCUCGCUUGGGUUCUCUACUGUGGUUGCAGUCCAAUAGUGGCCAGAGCUGGAGUCAUCGAAGGCUCCUCUGGGCUGGGCAUUGAAGAUGGCUUCCUCACGGGGCUGACAGUUGAUGCUUGUGGUUGGUUGGGAGCUCAGCUGGGGCUGUGAUCAACUGGAGCCGUGAGCCAUGUCGACUCCAUGUGUCUUGGCCGUCUUACAGCAUGGUGGCUGGUUCCAAGAGAGUGCAUUCCAAGAGCUAGCAUUCCAGGAGAUUAAACGGGGAGCUGCAAAGCUUCCUAUGACCUGGCCUCAGAAGUCACACAGUGUCACAUCUGCUAUAUUUUAUUGGUUAUACAAAGCCAGCCUAGAGCUGGUAUAGGAGGGGAUUACUCAAUGGCAUGAGCACUGGGAAGCCUGGUUCACUUGGGGCUAUCUUGGGGACUAGAUAGUAAGGCAGCUUUACAAGACCAGAUAACACUCCCAUCUGGGGUAGGAUUUUUGAUAAUGAUUUUCAUGUCCAUGGGAGAAGGAGUAAAGAUCCUUUGUUACCCACUUUUCAUAAAAUCUAUCUUGUUCUCUUGAAUCUUCCACCACUCAACUUCUAGCCUGUGUGCAUAGAGUUUUUAUUACCCAGUGAGGCCAAAAGAACCCAGCCUUGUCCUUAAGACAUGCAGGAAAAAUAUUAGGCAAGUCACCUUCUCUGUCUCCAAGUGGGCAGAUGAUAUGACUCUCUGUCCUUGGCCAGAGGAGGUGCAACAGUAUUCUCGGCACUUCCUUGUGGGUAUCUGGAGAAGUGGCUAAAGUGGAGAUGGCUCACCUUUAGGUGCACUCACUAUGUAAGCUUACUCUGGGCCACAGAGUGGAGAUUUUCAGAUUAGAAGUUUCAUGAUCUAAAGAACACACACACACACACACACACACACACACACAGAUUUUGAAUGAGGCCUCGAGUGAGGACAUGACUUGGUGAGCUUCCCACACUUGUUAAGUGGUGGGAGAGUGACCACAACUUUGUUCUUCUCAAUCUUAAUCUGAUGAUCUUCACUGAAUCACUCCACCACACUCAUUAUAAGGUUUCCCUUUGUUUCUGUAGUCAUUCCUGGCACUUAGUUAUUUCAGUGUUUAUACAUAGUGAGACUCUUUGAAAAUGCUAUAGGUGAGAAACCCAGCCAAAUAUGUGGAAGUCUUAUGGAAUAUGCCCAAGACUAUAGAUGUAAAGACCGUGCGGGUCUGCUGUGGGAUAGAAAUGUUAGCUGGAAGCUCAGCCUGAUCUCUCAUGAAUAAGGCCUGGGAGAGUUUCAACACCUUAUCUCCUCAAGUUUACUUACGUACUCAAUAAAUAGUUGUUAGAUUCCUUCCAUGUGCCUGGCACUGCCCCAGGCUCUAGCAAUAGAUCAAUGAAAAAAACUUAUAAAGUUCUUGUCCUCUUGGCACUUGCAAUCCAGUGAGAAUAUUCCUGAACAUUCCCAAUGGUGACAGAUAGAACCAAUCUUUGUUCAGAACAAAGACCAUUGGCAAAAAUGUGCUUUUUCUCCUCUCCCCACAGAGGGGUUACAGUGGUUAAAAUAUAAUUUAAAUCAAAUUAAAUUUAGAAGCAUUUGAUUUACACAUUUCUUCUAAAGUGUGAGACUAAUAAGAUGAUUUUGGAAUGGAUCUAAAAUAAAGAAUUUCAGAUUAGAGAAUUAAGCACAAUGAACUACCAUGAAAUACAUUAGCUGGGGAAUUAAUAUUUCAUUUUCCAAAAAUCAUUUUAGAAACAAUAGCUCCUUGGCAUUGAACUGGAGUCUUUGAAAACUCUGCCUCUCCUUGGAAUUCUUGAUAUGACCUCAUAUUAUUGCAUUGUUAAAUAAUCUCAGCAUUUUUUGGGUGUAACUGUUAUAACAAGUUAACACUUGAUGCUGUUUAUACAACGUGUCCCUUGGAGGAGCAAGACAGAACAGGACUGGGAGAUUACAGCAUGGGAAUGGGAUUUAGGCUCGUCACAUUUGGUUGACUGAGCAAUUCUUAUGCUCUGAUUUGGCUUAUUAUGAUGCCUACAAGUCACCCUAACAAGUGGCUUAAUAAUUUGUCAAAAAAGGUAUCUGUCAUGUAGUCAAACCUGUUGUGUAUGAAUAAUCUAAUUGAAGUUCACUUUUAAAAUGAUAAUUCAACAAGCAUUUAUUAAGAACUUACUGCAUUCUAAGCAAUGUAGUUGAUGGAGGUUGCUACCCUGGCAGAUCUUAACUCACAAAGGGUCAGAGAAACAGCAGAAAAAUGAGUGCUAUGAUAAAAGUAAGACAAGGAGAUGUAAUAGGGAGUGAGUGGGGUUACCUUGGCUUUCCAGGGCCUCCGUUUUCUCACUAAGUCUAUCAUUUAGAGCUGGGACCUAAUGGAAGAUCUCUAAGGUUCUUUUAGUUCUAACAUUUAGUAAUCACAUGAUUUGUGCUGUUAGGUUUUAAGAACAGUCACUAGCAAUGUCUGUUUUUUAAUUAGCACAAUAUUUAAUUGCUUUCUGAUUUCAGAUACAUUUUUUUUCUCUUGUUCUUACAAAAACCCUGCAGAGAUGAAGAAGCUGUGGUUUAAGGCAGUUAUGUAACAUACCCAAUUUCACAUGGGCAGUAAAAUAGGCUAUUAAGCAGGGCCUUAGUGAGUGAAAAUUGAUUAUAAUUGGAUCAAAACAGCCUUACUUAAAGAAGUUGAACUAAUGAGUUCUAAUUUGCUUUUAAACACCAAGAUUCUGCAUUUAUGUGUUUUUCAAAAAUCACCCUAGAGAUGAUACUCUGUAAGUCUCAUGUCAGAAAAAUGAUCGAGUGGUAUCUAUAGGUUACUUUGCUCCCAGCACAGACAUGAAGUCUUUUGAGCCCUAAUGGAGAUAUGAUAGUGGGCCAAAUCUAUAUAAAAGUGACAUUCCACACAUUGAAAAAUAAAAGUGGCUAUAGCUGCUGGGAAUGCAAAAUGAAACAGCUGUUUUGGAAAAUGCUUUGAUAGUUUCUUAUAAAUUAAACAUACACUUACAAAAUGAUCCAGAAUUGCUACUCCUAGGUAUUUAUAUCAAAGAAAUGAAAACUUAUGUAUACAAAAGCCUAUACACAAAUGUUUGGAGUGGAUUUAUUCAUAGUUGCCAGAAAUUGGAACAACCCAAUGUCUUCAAACUGGGAAGUGGAUAAACAAACUAUGGUGUAUUCAUACAAUGGAAUACUACUCAGUAAUAAAAAGAAAUGAGCACCCAAUACAUGCAACAACUUGGAGUUACAUCAAAUGCAUUAUGCUAAUUAGAGGAAGUCAGACUUAAAAUGCUACAUACUGUAUAUCAUCCAUAUGGCAUUUUAAAAACUACAGGUUCAGCAAACAGAUCUGUGCUGUGAGUUGGAGGAAGAAUUGAUGAAAAAAGACACAAGGAAAUUGUUUGAAGUGAUGGAGCUGUUCUAUAUCUUGAUUGUAGUAGUGAUGGCAUUGAAUGCAUUUGCCAAAACUCAUAGAACUCUGUAACUAAAAAAGAAUGAAUUUUAUUAUAUAUAAAUUAUACCUUCAUAA